GCAUCAGAAUGAAGGGGAGGGAAACUUCAAUUUGGCGUCUGGCGGUCCGUUGAAUUACUUAGACGCGCUCAGUCUGUCUGGUUCGCAGCGUAGCAGAAGCUGCAUCUUCUUUGUUUUUCUUUCCCCUGUUUAUUUAAGGACCGGAUCAAUGGAAAAUAAACCGACACGCGGAAGAAAGCGACUCUGACACUUUCUGACCCUGGAUACAAACGGCGUUUCGCCAGUGAUAAUCUGAUGCUGUGAGGAAUAAAGUGUAUCUGCUGAGAGGAAACCAGCGUCGGUCAUGAGUUUACAAGCUGUGAGACUGGAUAUAUGAUCAAAGAUACACUUUUAGGAAGGGAUUUUCAUAUGCUAAAGCUUGUAUUCAUUUCAUAUUCGAUAUGACACGGCAGGUUAUCAAGCUACUGAGGUGAAUGUGAUGCACUUUAAACUUUGUUUACAUGGAUUUUUUGCACUGAAACCAAAAUUUAUUUGAGAUUUACUAUUUCCUCAUAUGUUUAGGCUCGUUUUUUCUGCCUUUUAUUAGUGAAUUCAGCACUGGAAAGUCUUGUUUACUAUUGAUGGACUGCCAGUGUUGAUAUUUUCAGCACUGAUGAUGGGAAGAAUGUAUUAUAUGCACUUGGGAAUGGACUUUGGGAAUGUCUUCUGAUUUGGGAAGGAUGAGCAACGGACCCACUAUCGUCUACGAGUGGCUAAAAACCCUCCAGCUGUGUCAGUAUGUGGAGUCAUUUGUUGACAAUGGUUAUGAUGACCUGGAGGUGUGCAAACAGAUAGGAGACCCUGACCUGGAUGCCAUCGGUGUCUUCACUCCACAUCACCGGGAAAAGGUUCUCCGGGCCGUGGAGAGACUCCGAGAUGAAGACAAGAAGACGGCACCGGGACUGUAUUUCACCCUUGAACCGCUUCCACAUGGCACAUGCCCUCAAAUUAGUGACUGCAAACAGAAAUGCACCAAGUCUGGUCAGUUCUACUUGGGACAGGCCCAGGAUCGGACUCUCCAAUGACAUCAAAGCUCUAGAGAACCACAAGAGCCGGUGGUGUAUCCUAAACUCAAGCUGAAGAUAAUGAUAAGGGAUAAGCUGGUGAAGGAUGGAAUUGACCUCAGCAAAAUGCCCUACUCUUAUAAAGUCCCGAUCCGCGUUUCCGGUUGUUUUGCUGUGUUUCUCUGUCCCGCUCUGGCGGUUGCGCUCGGAUGGUUUGAGGUUCGCCCCAAGAAUCUUCUUCUGUACACUGACUGUGACGUCCUGUCACUAUGAUGAAUGGUCACUGAAAAGCCAUCACAUCCGAUUUGUUUCUCCUCUUACCUUUUGUUUUCCAAAAAUCCAGAUUUUUUUUUUUUCAGUGGAUUGAGAGCAUCCUAGUGGAAACAGUGAUAAUCACACAGCUGCGGCCUCGCUGUAUUUUGUGUGCCGUUCGCAAAGUGCCACUCCCUCAGGACACACAGCAUGCUCUAUUUUCUCUUAUGACGUCCAACAUUAUUUCCGUUACCAUCUUUAUUAGAUAUGCUAACGUUAAGGUCUGUA